AUGCAAUCUAUGUAUUCAGUUUGUAAAAACGUGCUAGAGACGAUUAUUGCGCGAAUGAACCCUGCCUCUACCUCUACCGCCGCAGUUGCUGAUAUUCGCCGAGCAAUUGCUUUUGCAACUGAAAUCACUCAACCUCUUCUUAAGAAUGAGAGCUCUCGACCUUCUAAGGCAAGCAAAGCGUACGCGAGCUCUAGCGAGCUCUUUGAUCAGCAUCAGCACUCUUCUCAGCACUCUCUUCAGCACUCCUCUCAAACCUUAGGCAAAGCUGAUUCCGACGACCUUGAGAACGAGUACGAGUCUUUUGUAGAACACAAUCAACCAGAAGAUCAACAAGCAACAAUUGAGUAUUUUACCACCGAGUGUUUUGCAAUUGCAAGUACUUUGACGACGUCACGACUUUUACGAAUAUAUUACGAGAGAUCGCUACCGGCGAUCCAACAGUAA